AUGGGACCUCGCAUUGUCCUGAUGCAACGUAAGGUUAUGUUGAUGUAUAAGAGGAAGGAGGUGUGGUCUCAAGACCUGAUCCCUAUAUGUUACUGCGGUAAUAUUGCCAAGGAUAAGCAUGAGAGCACUGACCUUAAAACAAUGCUUAACAUUCACUUUCUACUUGUGUUUCAGGGAAAGUACUUUCUGGUGAGGGAUGUAAAUGCUAAGAUGGAUAGAAAGAUGUCUUUGGAGCAAUACCGUGCCCCGAACCUACACAAGGCUAACUGGCCUCACUCUGUGUAUGCCUGUGGUCAGCCAACAGAGCGUGGUCUGUCCAAACUUCUGAACUACUUAGCCAAGGAUGAGCCCACAGAGAUUUUCCUGUUUAACAUGCGAGAGGAGCCUGUCCUGUUCGUAGAUAAUGGAAAUGACAUGGUGCCAUUUUCACUCCGUGACCAAGAAAACAUACACCACCUGGUGAUCUUUGGACGCAGUCCUACAGAAGCAGAUGAGGCAGAGGCUAGGAUCAGGAAGGAGGUGAUUGACUUGGCAACAAUGAAAGAAGAAAAUAAGUUUUAUUUUUAUAAUGACCUGGACAACAUGCAGAGGGAGCCACAUGAGAUGCAUAUUCAGUAUGAAGACAAACUGCUUGUUUCUGAAGAGGUGUAUGCCCGCCAUAUUUUAUGUAAUCAACAUGUAAGAUACCAGCGUUUGUGUUUUCCUUUUUCUGGAGCCCCAAGAUACCAGGAUGUUGAUGCCUUUUUAAAUGUCUUUAAGCAAUCCAGUAAGUAUUUGGAGAAGUCUUCUCUCUAUAAACCAGCCAUGCUGUUUACCUGUCAGACAGGUACAGGACGCUCCACCAUCGCCAUGGUCAUGGGCUGCCUCAUGGCUGCGCACAAGACUGGAUUCCCCCAUGAGACCAGGGGGAAGCAUUCCCAGAAGGCCUCACAAGACAAGGGAGACUUCCGUGCUGUACAGCGAUUGGUCAAACUUCUGCCCAAUGGUCAGACUAUUAGAAAUCAGGUUGAUGCUGCCAUUGAUGCUUGCUCAGAGCUGUAUAAUCUGCGUUCUGAAAUCCUACACAGCAAACAUACGUUGGAAGGCAUCAAAACUGACUAUGUACUUGAUAAUAAAAGUGCCAAAGAGACAUUGUACAGGCAAUGUUGUGACUACCUAGAGCGCUAUGUGUUCCUCAUCGUGUUUAAUGCAUACCUUACAGAACAGUAUCCAGUAUGGUUUACAUCAGACUUCACACAAUGGAUGCAGCAACAGCCAGAACUGACAAGGUUGAUGGGGACUAUCUGUGACCCCACCUGUCUGGCCCCUACUGAUCUCAUCUUCAAGGGGAUUCAGUACCUGGUAGCAGAUGACUAUGUGGGACUAGACCUCCUGAGCACACAGAGUGAUUUAAGGGUAUCUAACUUUAGGAAGAUCAACAUAAGUGGCAUGUCGGUGUAUGGCAUGGCCCAGCCUGCCAGGGAUGGUGUCACAAAGGUCUCUAACCAUCUACUGAGUAAAAAGGCUGGACACACAUUCCUCGCCAUGAUUAACUUGCGAAAUGACUGCACUCUGGAAUGUGAUGGUGCCACGUACAGUGUUCGCCAUGCUUCUUGUCUGGAGGAUCCAAUCACACAUCCAUACAUGUCCCGUCAGGAACUGGAGACCACUGAAGAGAGUCUGAAGAAAGAGAUAAAGAAUUCAGGAAACAGUGUACUGGUGUACAACGACAUCUCUGAGUCCCCAGUCCAGAAAGAGUUCUCCAGCAUACUAACCCCUUCAGAACUGGCUGACCAGCAGAAGUUACAGACCCUAGACAUGGUCUACCACAGAAUACCACUGCAAUAUGAUACAGCUCUAGAGGAGAAGGAUUUUGAUGAUCUGAUGUCUAUGGUGUGUGAAUAUGGUUAUGACUGUGAUCCUCGUGCCAACACAGCCUUUGUAUUCUUUUGUCGGACUGGCAAAAGUCGAACCACAACAGCCAUGGCAAUAGCUGGACUUAUCCUCUGUCAUAUCAGGGGAUUCCCCAAGGGAGCUAACCUUGGUGAACAAGAAAGAGUUUCAUGUCCGAAUGCACAAUACACUAAAGGAGAUUUUAUUAUUGUCCAGAAACUGAUCCGCCUGCUACCGAAUGGUCAUCAGAUCAAGAGAGAAGUGGACUUCAUCCUCGAUGAAAUAUUUGAAACAAUGUCAACAACCUUGUUUCAUCUGAGGGAAAACACUUUUGUCAUCUACAAUAAGAUAAAGAAUGCUAAGACUGAGGCAAGCAGACAGGUGCUGAAACGUCAAAGUCUGGACUACCUAGAGCGAUACAUUUACCUCAUCCUCUUCAAUGCCUAUUUACACUACGACAAGAAGAAUCAGUGGCAGCGUCCUUUUAGCAAGUGGAUGAAAGAGGUGGCUGCCUUAGCUGGAAUUUAUAAACUGUUGAACAACCUCGGUUUUUAUGACUUUGACAAAAUGCCCACAUCAUUCAAAACGAUGAAAGAAAGAUGGAGCCAUCGUGGACAGGCCUUACCUUUCCAUGGUGUCUUCUCCUGAAGAUCAUACUUUAAAUUCAUGACUCAAAAGUAUGACUCAAGGUCAUUAUUUCAACAUCAACGUCAAGUUUACAUCACU